AUGGGAUAUGCUGUGCGUUCAAAGGAAUGCAAAAUUUGUGAAAAUGGGGAUAUGAACACAAGAAUACAUGACUGUCGUAAAAACUGGACAGGGAGUUCCAAAGCUAUGGAAGGAGAUAUUGCUGUUGAAGUGGUAAAAACUAUUAACAAAACUAGUGCUAAAACAGUAUCUUUAACUAUGGAUGAUGAUACAACAACCAUUCAUAAACUAAGAACAGAAAUUAACCAAGAUAUUGAAAAGAGACCAGAUAUGAACCACACCAAAAAAGUUAAUGCUCCUGUAAGUUUUCCAGUAAAAAUACUUCAAGAUUCUCCUGUUGUUGUAUUUGAUCUUGAAACAACAUCAUUUGGUAUUGAUUCCUCAAUUUGUCAGAUUGCUGCAUCUUAUGAUGGUAAAAUAUUUGAUGAGUAUGUUGACCCCUGUCAGCCAAUACAUCCAGCAGCAUCCAAUGUAACUGGGUUGACAUAUACAUGUGGUAAACUGUUUCAUAACUUUAAUUUAGUACCAACAUUAUCACAGAAAGAUGCUCUUGAGAGUUUUAUAGAAUGGAUUCCAUUAAAUUCUGUGUUAGUUGCACAUAACUGUAAGAAUUUUGAUGCUAGGAUUCUGGUUAGUUCUGUGCAAAGAUAUGGUCUUUUAGACAAACUGAAACAUAAACAUUGCUGCUUUUCUGAUACGCUCUCUGUAUUUCGUGAAAUUUUACCACCUCGAUCAUCUUACUCUGAAGAAAACCUGGUUAAUGAUUAUUUACACACUGAAUACAGUGCUCACAAUGCAAAACAUGAU